AUGGUACAUUCCAGGAAGUUUCAUUCAUCGUGCGACCCAGGUGGUUUCAUGAUCGCUAAACAUAUCAAAAGUUGUAUGCAUAGAGGAUGAGUGCAAAUUCCUGCGUCUAUUCAGUUGCGGCUUUCUCCAACUGCGUUUUAACAGUUGCGAAUAUUCAAAAGUUUGUAAAACGUUAUCUCGCUUGUCAUUGUUAUGUCUGAGUGGAUGAGUCUGUGUGUGGCUGUUAGCUUGUUCGUGACUCUCGUUUCGCUACUAGCAGGUUACUUUGUGUACUCCGGACUCUUGUCAGAUAUCAUCAUAUUAACCGGAUCGCCUCCUAUUAAAAAGGUGACCUUCGUCUACAAGUUUAGAGAAGGACCGUAUAAAAAAUGCGUUGAUUUGUUUAAAGAGGCCAACAGUAUCGGACCACAACUUUCUUGCAUCGGAAUAUUCUAUGAUAAUCCCAAACAGGUGCCUGGACCUCAGUGCCGCUGUGCCGUCGGCAGUAUUGUGAGCGAAGGGGAGGACAAGGCCGACGAGGAGCUUCUGAAGCGCUACGUGACAUCCGGCUUUCAUGUGUUCUCCUUUCCUGAAGUCACACACGUAGUCACUACCUCUUUCCCCCGCAAGACCAUUUUCUCUAUCUUCCUGGGAAUAAAGAGAGUCUAUCCACGGCUAGAAAGCUACAUCAAGGAAAGAAAGCUCUGUGCACAUCCGUUCCUCGAGAUCUACAGAGAGGAUCUGAUCCACUUCAUGGCUCCAUUGGCUCGGCAGGGAGACUUCUACGUUCCAGAGGUCCGUCCAGCAGAAAGAAGGCUUUCGGAACAAGAAGAAUUGGACUCGGACUCUGAAAUCUCAGGUGCAGAGUCUAACAGCGAAUACAGCUCUGGGACCAGUAUUCUCCCAUCAGACAGCCGGGAGACGUCAAUGGCAGCGUCCUCGACCCGCUCCGAGUCAGUCCGGGACCGUGGGGACGCAAAUUCCAACGUAAGAAUGUCCAGGGAGCGCUCGCUCGUGAAGGCAGACUGGGAACAGACUGACCAAGAACAAGAAGAGUUGAAUAAGGACUCGAGCGGCGUGAGCCUUGAUCCCGUCCCGCAGUUUUUGGGUGUUGUUGGAGGCGAGGAGUAAAGGUUGACUGAGCAGCUUUAAAUAUUUUUCUGGUAACCUUUGUUGUCAACAAUUUCCUCCAAACAAACAAAACCAAACUAAGAAACAAGUUAGUUUAACCCGAGUCAUGCUGAACUUUUUCCUUCCUAAACAAAAGUCAACUCUUCUCCUCGAGGCAUUACUCUUGAAUGCGUCUUCAUUUAGGAGUUAUUUUUUUAUAUACAAUGUUUUAUUAUUGCUGUUGUUACAUAAUUUUGCCUGAUUCUAAUCACAAUGACUUGAUAAUGUACCUUUCAUCCUUGCAGCAAGGAUUCCUGCUGAUGGAAUUUUUUCCACCUUUUUCCUGAAGUGCUGCUGUUUAUUGAGCCAAGGCAUUUUUUUAACUUCAAAAUGUCAUUAAUAUACUAAUGAAUUAAUAGAGAGGCUUUGGGAUACCAGGCCAUCAUUUGGUUGAAGCUUUUCAUCUUCUAUUUUUUUUUUCGUCCGACAGGAUGUCGGCGUUUGUAGGAUUUUUGUAGGAACAUUUGUGAGAUCGGAGGUCAGUGACGUUGGACCCGAGAGAGGGCCCUCCCUGGCUUGCGAUUUCUGUCGUAGUUCCGCCCAGAGGUGUUUGUUCCGGAUGUUACACACUACAUGUAUGUACACAUGCCUUUACUGUAUUGAUCUUUUUUUGUACACUGAUGGUUCCCCAAACUGUUUCCACAAAGUUGAAAGCCUGGAAAUGUCAUUGAUUUAGGGAGUGAGUGAGUGAGGGAGUGCACAGUCUUAUAUUUAGCAAGAGUCAAAUUGUUCUAGUAUAAGGUAGUGUUACAUUUGACAGUCAUGUUCAUUGUCGAUUGUAUUGUUUUAGUGUUCUCUUGGGGAUUUCAUUAAAUGUACU